GAACGGAGGGAAGGAGUAACUUAUAAGUAAUUGAAAAUAUUUGGCCCCCGGAUUGUUCGCUCAUAAGAACACUUUGUCAACCUCAGAAAAACAAAGAAACAAAAACACCAUCUUCAAUCUUUCUUCAACCAAUUUCCAUCAAAAUGACCAAAAUCAUAGAAAUUUUCAAUGUAUCACCAUCUUCACAAGAACAAUUACCAUCACAAACAUCACUUCCUCUCACCUUUUUUGACAUACUAUGGUUAAGAUUACCACCUGUUCAAAGAAUUUUCUUCUAUGAAUUUCCAAACCAACCCUCACUUUUCUUCAAUACCCUUCUUCCAAAACUCAAAAAAUCACUUUCUGUUACUCUUUAUCACUUUUAUCCUCUUUUGGGUCAUCUCAUUUGGCCUCGUGAUUCUCACAAACCUAUUAUCAAACAUGUUAUAGGCAACACACUUUUGCUUACAGUAGCUGAAUCUGAUGCUGAUUUCAAUCAUUUAUCUGGUAAUAAUCUUAAUGAAGCUUCACAAAUUCAUGAUCUCUUACCUAGCUUGAAUAUUUCUCAUGAUCAAGCUUCUGUUUUGGCUCUUCAAGUUACCCUUUUUCCAAACUAUGGUAUUUCUAUUGGUAUUACUUCACAUCAUGCUGUUUUAGAUGGUAAAACUUCAACUUCUUUUAUCAAAUCUUGGGCUUAUUUAUGUAAUAAGCUUGAAAUUGGAGAAUCUGAAUCACCCCUUUUGCCGGAUGAAUUUGUUCCUUUCUUUGAUAGAAAAGUAAUCAAUGAUCCAAAUGGAUUAGAGGCAAAAUAUGUGGGUGAUUGGUUAAAUCAAGGUGGAACAAACAAUAGAAGCUUAAUGGUUUGGGACCUUGAAGUUCCUGAAGGGUCAACUAGAGGAUUGUUUCGGUUAACUCGGUUGGAUAUUGAAAAGCUUAAGGAAUUUGUAGUGUCUAAACAAAAGGAUAGGAAUGAAAAUAAGAAACUUCAUUUGUCAACUUUUGUGGUAUCUAUUGCAUAUGCAUGGGUAUGCAGUCUGAAAGCAGGGGAAAUUGAGAACAAAAAUGUUAUGCUGGCUGUGAAUAUUGAUUGCAGGAAUCGGUUGGAUCAACCAAUUCCUGCAACAUAUUUUGGAAAUUGUAUUGGAGCAAGAAUGGCAACUGUUGAAACAAGUAGGUUAUUGGGAGAAGAUGGACUAAUUGUGGCUAUUGAAGUGAUUAGUGAAGCUUUGGAAACUCUCAAAGAUGGAGUUUUGAAUGGAGCUGAAAAUUGGUCUUCAUGGUUACUUGAAGGUGUUGCCAUUUCUGAUGUCAAAACAAUUGGUGCUGCUGGUUCACCUAAAUUUGAGGUUUAUAGUACUGAUUUUGGUUUUGGAAAACCAAAGAAAGUUGAAAUGGCUUCUAUAGAUAGAACUGGAGCUUUUUGUAUUUCUGAUACUAGAAAUGGUGAUGGUGUUGAGAUAGGUUUUGUGUCUAAGAGAAAAGCAAUUGAGGCAUUUGCUGCUAUUUUUUUCAAAGGCAUUGCAUAUUGAGUCUUUUAUAUAGCGUCGUCACUUCAGAUUAAAUGCAUGUUUGUUGUCGAUUAUUCUAUUUUCUCAAUUAUUACUGGUGUCCAUAUGUUAAUAUCAUGUCCGGUGGACGCGUCAGUGUUAGGACUUAAUAAAUUUGAUGUGUAUUGUACAUUCAGUUGCUUAGCAGGAAUAAAAUUCUGUUGUGUUUCA